AACAGGACUUUUAUUCUGACCCGUCGGUGUGACGUCACAAGGCUGCGUCGCGCUCCAGCUUCUGUUGUGAUUCAGCUGAAGAAAAGGAUAAAAGUGUCCUCCUGUGAAGCGACUGUGACACUAUUAUAAAGAUGGCGUUUAUUAAAGAGGAGAGUGAAGACGUGAAGAUUGAAGAAACAUUCAGAGUCAAACAAGAAGAGACUGAGGAACAAACAGACCCGAUGCCACUGAAAGAAGAGAGUCAAGAACUGAGUGAAAUGGAAGAAGAAUAUCAUGAUUUCAUAAAUGGGAAAAAAUCUGCAAAGACUGACAAGACGUCCGCAGGAAAAAGAGCCAAGAGGAAAUCUUACAGGUUUUGCACCUGCCAUCAGUGUGGAAAGAGUUUCAGUCAAAAACCAAACCUUAAAAUCCACAUGAGAACUCACACAGGAGAGAAACCUUAUACCUGUCAACGAUGUGGAAAGAGUUUCAGUCAAAAAGCGAACCUUAAAAGCCACAUGAGAAUUCACACUGGAGAGAAGCGUUUCACCUGCCAACAGUGUGGAAACAGUUUCAUUCAAAAAGGGAACCUUAAAAAACACAUGGGUAUUCACACCGGAGAGAAGCCAUUCACAUGUGAUCAGUGUGGAAAGAGUUUCACACAUAAAGACAUGCUUAAUUCCCACAUGAGGGUUCACUCAAAAGAGGACAGUUUUUUAUGUCAGCAGUGUGGAAGAAGUUUCGCUCAUAAAGUAAGCUUCAAGAUUCACAUGAGAGUUCACACUGGAGAGGAGCCUUACGCAUGCUCUCAGUGUGGAAAGAGCUUCAGAUAUAAACCAUCUCUUGAUUCCCACGUGAGAAUUCACACUGGAGAAAACCCUCACACCUGCAAACUGUGUGGGAAGAGCUUCUCACGAAACACAUCUCUUAAGACUCACAUGGACAUUCACACUGGAGAGAAGCCAUUCACAUGUGAUCAGUGUGGAAAGUGUUUCAGACGUAAAGUAACCCUUAAUGAACACGUGAAGAUUCACUUUAGGAGAUAAUCGCUUUAGAUGUAACGAAGUGCUAUUAGAAGCUAAUAUCCAGCGUGCCAGAGCAAAUUGCAUAGGUUAUGAGGAACAAAGGUCAACACUGUAAAUAUCUUGUUUUGUUUUUGCCCAUAAAAGCUUUUAAAACCUGAUAUGCUUCAUUGUUUUUAGUAUACCAUCUACAAAUAAUCUACAAAUACUAAAGCAGCAAACUGUGCAGAACACAAAAUUUAUGUCACUGCCAAAACUUUUGGCCGUGACUAUCUACAUCUUGAUGACUGUUAAAGAGUUCUUCUCACAUUAACCCAAACUAGCGUGUUAUUCAUUGUACCUGUGUUUAACAGUCCCACCAUUUUCUUUUUCAAAAAUGCAAAAGAACAGGUAAAAUAAUUUCAUAUGAACUUGCUUCACAAAAACUAGAAAAGAAUGUCCAGUUAAAAUAUUUUUGUUUAGAAAUGAGUGAAGGGUAAGUUUAAGCAGGGUGUUAUUUUAACUGGAAAAUUUCAGAAGUGAAGUUAUGGCUGCAAGUACUUGAUUUGUGAUAUAUACAUUUUACGUUUGUUUAUAACUCCCCAUUUAUGAAAAAGGCUGAUGUUUUUUUGUUAAUGUAUAUAAACUUAGUUUAUUAAUAAAGAAUAAAAUAUCUCCUUA